AUGUCUUCGUCACCGCUACACAGGCCUCUCGGGGCUUCGUCACCACUGCUUGGAGGAGGCCGGCGGCGUUCCCAGUUCACGUAUCGCCAAUUCUCACAGCUGGCUUCGUCCAACACUUCGAACCCGCUGCGCGUCAUUGCCCACAUCGACCUCGACGCCUUUUAUGCGCAGUGCGAGACGGUUAGACUUGGUAUUCCAGAGGACAAGCCGUUAGCUGUUCAACAGUGGCAAGGUCUCAUCGCAGUCAACUAUCCUGCACGCGAAUUUGGCAUUGGACGCCAUUGCAAUGUCGAAGAAGCCAAAAAGUUGUGCCCUGAACUUAUCGCCCAGCACGUAGCUACAUGGAGAGAAGGUGACGACAAGUGGGCAUAUCGCGAGGAUGCCGCCGCCCACAUAGCAACAGAUAAGGUUUCACUUGAUCACUAUCGCCUCCAGUCUCGAAAGAUCUUAGCAUGUAUCAAAGAGGCUCUGCCGCUGGAUCUCCAGAAGGUGGAAAAAGCAAGUAUUGAUGAGGUCUUCCUCGAUCUUUCGAGCCAAAUCCACCAGAUCCUUCUGCAACGCUUUCCAGAAUUAUCAAACCCGCCCCCCUAUGACGAUCCUACUGAGAACCUUCCCUUGCCAUCCAUUGCCGCGCUCGACUGGCAGACCGAUGCUUUGAUUGAUCUGGAUGAGGAACAGGAAACAGUCGACCCGGAUUGGGAUGAUGUAGCAAUCCUUAUCGGAUCUGAGAUCGUUCGCAAAGUCAGGGCCGAAGUUCGACAGAAGUUGGGAUACACAUGCUCAGCUGGAGUAGCAAGCAACAAGCUUCUCAGUCUUUGGAUAUAUAACACCAUCCGAGGUAUUGACGCAAGCGAGGUCAAUUCAAGAACACAGAUCAAAUCGAUGCUGUCGGCUAAAUCUUUUCGUCCAACUAUCAACUCUUCAGAACAAGCAACGCAAUGGCUGAGAAUCUUCGCAGCUGACAUAUUCGCUCGCCUCAUUGAGGAGGGAGUUCUGGAAAACAAAAGAAGACCGAGGACGAUGAACUUACAUCAUCGCCAUGAGGGACAAGUGAGAUCUCGGUCGGGACCCAUCCCUCAGGGGAGAACCAUAGACGAAGGCAGUCUUUUCGAGUUGGCCAAGGACCUCCUUUCGCAAAUAAUCGCAGAAGGGAGAGGAGUCUGGCCUUGUGCAAACUUGAGUCUCAGCGUAGCAGGCUUUGAAGACGGCGUCAAAGGCAACAUGGGGAUUGGCGCAUUUCUGGUCAAGGGGGAAGAGGCAGAAGCUCUUCGAUCAUCGAUUCCCGAUAGCCGUCAAUAUUCUACUGGACCGGAACCCUCCGCGAAGAAACGCCGCGUCGAGGAUGGUGGCAUUCAGCGGUUCUUCUCCAAGCGACCCUCCACUGACCACGAAAAGACCUCCCUAACCGACUCACAUACUCCCGAGGAAGACCCCAAAGAUAGCUCUUUGCCACCAGAUCCCGCCCAAAAGACCUUCACUCUCGCUACUAAGUAUGAUUAUGAGGCCCGCCAUGAAUCCGACCUUACUAUGCAUGAGUCUCAUGGAUCACCGUGGCAUGAAAGCGCCUUCGAUGUGCAAGUGGAUCAACAACAGCAUUCAUUGACCGAUGUUGUAUGUUCUCGCUGCAAGGCCAGCUUCGCAGACCCGGAAGCGUUGCAAAGCCAUAGAGAUUGGCAUAUGGCCAAAGAUCUACAAGACGCAGAACGUGUCAAGCCCACAUUCGCUGAGCGACAACCUGCUGCACGUAACUCUGCGCAAAAGACGCAAGGAACCACUUCAAGAAGGAGCCGGGGAGGCAAACUCGAGCAAGGUCAAAGUCGGCUCAAAUUUGGUUGA